GUUUGACUGAUUAGUGGCGAGUCAAUCCAUUGGACUGUGAUGUAGCGUGUUGAAUCAUAUUAUUAUAGUGCAAACAAACACUAGUGAUUUUGGUUGCCGAAAUGCAAUUAGAUCACUGAUUUUUGUAGUUAUUAUUUUUUUCGGGUUUUAUUUUUUUGUGCCUAAAAUAUAAAAAAUGAAUCAUUCGUCAAAAGAUGAUCGUCUGGAUUCCCAGGUCGAAGAUAGUCAUGUGAACGACGCGCCCAACUUAACGGGGGAUAAGAUGAACGUAUUCAUUUUGACAUUGCUGUUUAUCCAACAAUCCGUUAGCCAAGGAUUUUUUCAAUCCAUGUCGACCAUUUUACUAACCAAACAAUACGUUUCCAAAAAGGACUGGGCUAAGUAUGUCUUGAUGUACUUUCCGUACAAUCUAAACAUUUUCUGGGCACCUUUAGUGGAUUCAGUGUAUGUUAAAAAUAUCGGUAGAAGGAAAUCGUGGAUCUUGCCUUCUCAGUACUUAAUAGGAGCUUUGUUCUUUUAUUUAGCAGCCAAUAUUUACGACUGGAUUGAAAUAAAACCGCCAAAAAUAACCUAUCUUUGUGUACUCUUCCUUUGCAUUAACUUCCUAUCAUCAACGUUGGAUGUAUCAAUUGACGGCUGGGCAACGACUAUACUAAAAAAGUAAAUUCCGUCAAUUCGUGAAGUACCUACACACUACAUUUAGUCUUUAGAAAUAUACUAUUACAUCACAUUAUCCUAAAGUUAUAUUUUUUGACAACCCAACCAGUAAAUAUCGUCCAUAAAAUAGGUUCUGACAACUGAACACAACUUGAAAUAUACAUAUGAGUACCUACAACACAUAUUUUAUACUUUACAAUUAUCAACUGGAGUUCGAAUGUAAAAAAAAAAAAAAUCUAGCACGAGUGGUUAAGACGCUAAAAAUAAAUAUAACGAUCAACAUUUUUAAUAUAUUAUACCUACUUAUUUUAUAUUUAUGUAAUAUGUUAAAUACUUAAAUCCAUUUAACGUAAUCGCCUAUUCCAUCGAGGCGGUGUCUCUCAAUGGAGUGCAUUUAAAUUCUGGGAAAAUGUAGGAUUUUUGUCAACUUGUAAGACAACAGGCCGGGCAGUUGGAACUGUGUUGGGAUAUUUUUUACCGAUCAUGUUACAUUCCGAGGAGUUUUGUAACACCUACUUGCGCAGCUCACCGGAAAAAGGAGGUGUUAUGACAUUAGAAGGUUUUCUUUAUUUUUAUGGCAGUUUCUUUUUUUUGGCAAACAAACUUAUAGCUUUUGUUAUAAAAGAAGAACAUUAUGCAUUUUCAAAUUCUCACAGCACCAAACUAGGCGUUUGUCAAGCAUAUGCAUUAUUCGUUGGUGUCUUCAAAUUAAGCGCUUUCUGGAAAUUAGCCAGUGCGUUGCUGACGAUAGAGCUCGGUUUUGCCGCUGUUGCACAUUUAUCGAGUAAAAAGUUAGAGGAAUAUGGCUUAAGACCCAUGGACGACUUCUUAAAUACAGCUAUGCUCUAUGCAGUACAAAUGAUAAUACCAAUUGCUUUUUGUAAGUACACUUCAGGUACAGAACCAUUGAGUGUGCUUAUAAAAAUGAUACCUUAUCGGUUAUUUUUUGGUCUUCUCAUGACUACAUUGAUUUUUUAUGCUCCAAAUAUAAUAAUACAGAACAAAAAUAAUCACAGAACAUUGCCGUUAGAUUAUUUUUUGUUAAUAGAAACGAAUAAAUUAAUACUCGAGGGGAUGGCUUUUCUGUUUAAAAUUCUGCUGCUAUCGUUUUUUUUCCGAAUAAGCGACCGUCGAAUAGGGGCCACUUACAUGACAUUACUGUUUAAACUGACAAUGUAUGGUGGAGAUUUUGCCAAGUCCAUGUCACUAGGUAUGAGUGACUGGCUUUCUUACAAAAGGUGUUCGACCGAUACAAAUAACGAUUGCUCUACAAUUGGGCUCGUAGAAGACUGUAAUUCUAUUCGAGGGAGCUGUUCAACAAUCGUGGACGGUUACUAUUGUACAGUGAUCUUGAGUACGGUUCUUGGGACAAUUUGGUACAUCUACUAUCGCAGGGUUCUAAUAAAUCUACAGUACAAAGACUUUAAUCAAUGGUGGCCAAAAUCUAGUCGAAAUGCUCCUCAAAAUGGACACCAAAUGCAAAGUAUAUUACCAAGUAAAUCAAUACAUUCAAACACUUGUUAGUAAUGAUAUUAAUAAUUCAUUAUGCAAUGAAUAUGUAAGAUUAUCGAUAUACACGUAGGUCAAUCCAGUUAGUAUGAUACUUAGUCAAAUGUAGUCUGUAAGAAGUACGUACAUUGUUUUACUUACCUAAAUAAAAAAUGUAUUUAACAUGUUAACGAUUAUGUGUGCCACAGAAAGUACACAGGCUCAUUUCUCCACAGACCCUGUGACCCAAUUUGGCUCACAUGAAUUUAUAAUAAAUAUAGCUAGUAAUACCUAGGGUAAAGUUUUGAAAAUUCACCCCUGGUCGUUAACGUGUUAAUCAUCAAAUAUGUAUAUAUUUAUUAAAAAAAUAAUAUUUUUUUUACAAAACAAUGUGACAUCUUUUUAGAAAUUAUGUUUGUAAUGUUCACAAUUGAAAACACAAUAAUUGGCUUAGCUUCUGUAUUAUAAAACAUGGACAGAUUUCUAUAGUAAAACAUUUUAUCAUCACAUUUUUUUUUAGUUAUUGCUUUUUGGAUUAUUAUUACCUUUUUCCUUUCAUUUAGUUUUAUAUUGUUAUACUCGAUAGAGUAGUUUGUACAAAUAUAUUAUGCAUUAAAUAGUGUUAUUAUAACUGUAUGUAAAUUUAGCAUGGGCGUCCUUAAGGGGAGGAAUAAUUCUAUAAUCAACAAAAAAAUAAUAAUUUUUAUUCAGAAAGAUUUUUAAUAUUUUUAUAAAUAUUUUAUAAGAUAAUUUUGAACAGAAAUUUAUUGUUUUACAAAUAUUAUAAUCAUAUAAUUGUCAAAAUUAUAUUCUAAAUGUUUAAAAAAGAAAGGUUAAAAAACUUGCUGAUUAUGAAAACAUUUUAUUUGUCUGCUGUCUGAAACUAUUAUUUUAUUUGCUAUUUUUUUUAGUAAUUAUUCAUUUUAUUAUGUAUUACAAUUUUAUAUGCUUGACCAUUGUCU